AUGCCAAAUACCACCGUUGUCCUCACGCCGCCGCCGUCCUCGAUCCGUCGUCCGCCGCCAUCUAACUCCCCGGAAUACGACAGCCAGACUCCAGCCGACUACGGCUGCCACAUGCCUGACCAAGACCGUCGGGGUCCAUCUCGCUGCCGCAGGAGGUGGAGCUCAGUUUUGCCGCCAUUAAUCUUGCCGCCUCCGUCCUCCUCAACCGCGAAGCGCCGUCGUAUCCGGCCACCGUCUGACUUGGCCGGAGAGAAUCCGGCGACAGUUGGUCGUGAGGCGUAUGGCGGGACUGUGCAUAUGAAGACGGCGGCAGGAAGAGCGGGGAGGAUCGCGGCGGGCGACGGCAGAUGGGCAGUGAGAGGCGAUUGCGGGAGGCAUGAUCCAGUCAGUGUUUCAACGAAGAAUUCUGAGUCAGUCAUAUCCACUGUUAUUACCUUUGCUUUGAAGUUUGAAUCCAAUUCUGGUUUGACUGUGGAGAGCGUUGAAAUUUUAUAG